AUGAGCAACAAGAAACUUCAUGUCAGAUUUGUUUCUAAAUCGAAAUCAGUUAAUCCCCCAUAUAAACCACAAGACUUAGAGCCCAUUACAAUUGCAUGUCUUUAUAGAUUAUAUCCUUGGCUCCUACUGCUGGACCAGUUAUUGGAUAAACUUAUGUGGCAUAUUGACGAUGUUUCCUUACAGUUGAUAUAUAUUAUAUUGCUAUGUUACUCAACAGCGUUGGUUGUACCGAAGAAUACUUCCUUACUUUUCCAAGCGUUUGAUAUAUGGUUGGGGUACACAAGCGUAUUCAUUCUUGCUGGCACUAUGUUUUAUUACAAUUAUACGCUAUGGAAAGAGCUUGAACAGAGCGAAGCACCCACAAUAGAUGAAAUCACUCAUACUUUGGACUCUGUUCUUGAGAAGCUUAAAACGGUUCAAAAUGAAGUCCUCGGUACAGACAAGGUAAGAAAACUUACUAAUAUCAAUUCACAAACCUUUAAGAUAGUGGCUCUUCUGACAGUAAUUCAUUUAAUUACCGUUAGUUUUUUGGAUGUACGAACAUACUCAGUGCUUGUCAUUAGCCUUGUCUCCGUGUUCCAUUCAGUGUAUUACCAGAGCACGAUGAAACUCCUAUGGAGGUAUUUGUGGAUAAGGCGAUGUUACUAUUAUAUAUGGGACAGCGUACCAUCGGAAUCCAAACUGGAAACCAACUUUCAACAAUACAAGGUGAUUUGUGAGAGUCAAGUCAUUCCAUUCCCUAAAUCUCUACAAGGCUUGAAGGGCCAAGAGCUACAGGUUCAACUACAAAUGUUAAUCCUUCAGGAUCCAACUAAGAUUGAUCCAGAAUCCGAUUACGUACACGUCAAGAUCAUCGAAUACAACGUUGAUGAAAACGAGAGAAAAUGGAAGCAAGAGGGCUGGACCCCAAAAUUGCUACCUUACGAAAGAGCUCACUUCUCUAAUUCAUUCACCCAAACUCCAUCUGUAACACCAUGGAAGUUCCACGAAGAACUACCUUCCGAUUGGAUCUGGAUUGAAUCUACUUGGGUACCCGGCAGCUGGCAAUACUGUGAUGCAAAAUGGAAUUUAUUAGGUGCGAACGAUUCGAUUGCAUGCUUCACUCGUAGAAGAACUUGGAAACGAAGAGCGUUCAAGAUACUAACCUGA